AAUCGAAUUCGAGCAUGAGCAACAACAAGCCAACAACACGACCAUGUCUAGUUGCAUAAACCCUAAGCCCUACAACUAACUGAUUGGUCUAUCACUUCAAGCUUUAUCACUCUUCCAGUCUUACCCGUGAAGUUCGCCUGUCGGACAAUGGCGACUGCUCACUUCGUCAGUCACUCUCCUUCCUUCUCAAAAACCCUAAGGUAUACUUCGAACCCGGUAAUCUCCACACCUUCACUAACCUUCAAGCCCUCUUCACGGGUCCUAAAACUGAAGGCACUUCUGUCUGAAAAGCCCACGACCGUCAGUGCCGACGUACCGGCGAAGAAGUUCCAGCAUUGCUUCAGUAAAUCUGACAACGGAUUUCUCUACUGCGAGGGAACUAAAGUACAAGACGUUAUAGACUCUUUGGAGAAAAGACCUUUUUACCUCUACAGCAAGCCCCAAAUCACGCGAAACUUCGAAGCUUAUCGGGAGGCUCUGGAGGGGUUGAAAUCGAUUAUAGGAUAUGCAAUCAAGGCCAACAAUAACCUGAAAAUUCUUCAACAUUUAAGACAGUUGGGUUGUGGUGCGGUGCUUGUUAGCGGGAACGAGCUGAGGUUGGCACUUCGUGCAGGUUUUGAUCCCAGAAGGUGUGUAUUUAAUGGAAAUGGAAAGAUCUUGGAUGACCUUGAGCUAGCUGCCCGAGAAGAAGUUUUUGUUAAUGUUGAUAGUGAAUUUGACUUGGACAAUAUUGUGUUAGCGGCAAGAAAAGCUGGGAAGAGGGUCAAUGUUCUACUCCGGAUCAAUCCAGAUGUAGAUCCUCAGGUCCAUCCUUAUGUUGCCACUGGGAACAAGAAUUCCAAGUUUGGUAUUAGAAACGAGAAGCUGCAAUGGUUUCUUGAUGCUGUGAAGGCACAUCCUAAUGAACUGAAGCUUGUAGGGGUCCAUUGCCAUCUUGGAUCUACCAUAACCAAGGUUGACAUAUUCAGAGAUGCUGCAGUCCUUAUGGUUAACUUCAUUGACCAAAUCCGAGCCCAAGGAUUUGAAAUUCAAUAUUUGAACAUUGGUGGUGGUCUAGGAAUAGAUUAUCAUCGUACUGGUGCUGUCCUUCCAACACCCAUGGAUCUCAUCAACACUGUCAGGGAGUUGGUUCUUUCUCGAGACCUUAAUCUCAUUAUUGAACCUGGGAGGUCACUUAUAGCCAAUACAUGCUGUUUGGUUAACCGUGUCACUGGAGUCAAAACAAAUGGAACGAAAAAUUUUAUUGUGAUUGAUGGGAGUAUGGCUGAGCUCAUCCGACCUAGUCUCUAUGGUGCUUAUCAACACAUAGAGUUGGUUUCACCCCCACCACCUGAUGCAGAGAUCUCCACAUUCGAUGUGGUGGGCCCUGUUUGUGAAUCAGCAGAUUUCCUGGGGAAGGAUAGGGAACUUCCCACUCCAGCUAAGGGAGCUGGCUUGGUGGUUCAUGAUGCAGGAGCGUAUUGCAUGAGCAUGGCAUCAACAUACAAUCUCAAGAUGCGGCCACCUGAGUAUUGGGUGCAAGAAGAUGGAACUGUGGCAAAAAUCCGUCAUGAGGAGACGUUUGAAGACCAUAUUAGGUACUUCGAGGGCCUUUAGUCACAUUCAUGCACAUCGAAAACGGAAGCAUUGCCCUUUUUCAAUUUUUGAAUGGUGUUUGCAUGUAGCAUCCCAACGUAAUUUAUCAGAAUAUUCUGUUACCAUUUAGAAUGUUUGUCUUGCUGUUCUGUAUCAACUUACCCACUUGAUUUUUUCUUAUUUUUCACUAUAAACCUGAACCCAUUUGCAUUUGGUUUUGAAAAUAAAUAAAAGGAAUAUCAAGUAA